AUGCGAGAUUUGUGGUUGAUAUCUGUUCCCCUGGAUAAGACAAGUGUAAAAAAUGUGGAGAAAUUGCAGCGCAUCAUUAGCAAGACAAACCAGGCAUCAUGCUACAAAUUCACAAUUCCAGAUCUGAAGGUUGGAAUACUGGACAGUCUCCUCAUUGUGUCAGAUGACCUCUCCACACUCGACACACUGACUGAAAGUGUGAUGAACAAAACAUGUCAGUGUAUAAGAGAGAUGGUGGAGCAAGCCUGUGACAGCGUAAUGGAAAAUGUGUCAGCCAAUGGAGUGGACAUGAUUAACUAUGUGACAAGCUUCCACUGGGACAAGGCCAAGUAUCCCACAUCUCUACCUCUCUCCAGCCUGGUAAACAUCAUCAAAAAGGAGGUUUCUCAGGUGGAGGUGGAAUUAAAAUCGCGAGUUGCAGCGUACAGCAGUGUGAAAGCAAACUUAUUGCGCCUUGAAAACAAAUUAGAAGGGAGUUUGCUAACAUGCAGCCUGAAUGGCAUGGUGAGGAGAGAUGACUUGGUGGUCUCAGAAUACCUCACUACCCUGCUGGUUGUGGUGAGCAGGAAGAACUAUGGUAAUUGGGAGAAGAAGUAUGAAUCUUUAACGAACUUUGUCGUUCCACGGUCAAGCAGAAAACUAUAUGAGGAUGGAGAAGGUGGCAUUUUCACAGUAACACUUUUCAAAAGAGCCGUGCAUGAAUUCAAAGGCAAAGCUCAGGAAAGCAAGUUCACUGUCCGUGAGUACUGCUUUGAACUGGAAGAGAAACGGCAACAAGCGCGGAAGGAGCUCAGUGUUCACAGGAAAGAGCACUAUGAAAUGUUUGCGCGUUGGCUGAAGGUGAAUUAUAGCCAAGUGUUUAUGGCCUGGAUCCACUUGAAAGCAUUGAGGGUGUUUGUGGAGUCAGUACUCCGGUAUGGCUUACCAGUCAACUAUCAGGCCCUGCUUCUUCAUUCAGACAGAAAGUGUUCAGAGAAAUUGAGACAAGAACUUGCUUCAUUGUUCAUGCAUCUUGACCCAAUGGCUACUGUUAGCAAGACAGACGUAACCUGUGACAUUCCAGGACUCUGCCAACAGGAAUGUUUCUCCUACAUAUGCUUUAAUAUCAACAGCAACUUGCAGGACUUCAGCUAG